GAUUUGCUUACGCUUAUGUUCAAGAAAAUAAAGCAAAAAUCGAAAUUAUUGUCAAUCAAGAAUGGGGACAUUUUAAAAGUCCCGAUAAAACUAAUACUGCAAUACAAUAUGAUGAAACUUAUAGAGCAGUUGUUAAUUGGGGUGCUGGUGCCUUAAGUUUGGAGCCUACAAAACGAAAAAAGCUUAAUUUACCAAAACCAGUAGAAUAUUUUAAAUUUUAUUUGGGUGAUGUUCCUGAAAGUAAAAAACCAAGAUUACCACAAGAAAUUACUUAUGAACAAGCUAUAAGCGAUUUUCUUCGUGAAAUGG